GUCUUCACAUCCCUCAGUCCUUUCCAGCCAGCACUGUGAGCUGAGAACACACAACCUCCACAAAGGGGCCCACGCGUUUCCUCCGCAAUGGAAUCGAAGAACAUGAAGGAAGACUGGCGUCUCUACCAGAACACCCUGCUCCAGGACGGCCUGAAGGAGCUCCUGGACCAGAACAAGUUUGUGGACUGUAUCCUGAAAGUGGGGGAUCGGAGCUUCCCCUGCCAUCGGGUGAUCAUGGCCGCUUGCAGCCCCUAUUUCAGAGAGCUCUACUUCUCCGAAGAGGGCAAGGAACUGGAGGGGGACAAAGAGGUAGUUCUGGACAACGUUGACCCUACGGUCAUGGACAUGAUAAUCCGCUAUUUGUAUUCGGCCGAGAUUGAGCUCACGGACGAGAACGUGCAGGACGUUUUCGUGGUCGCGAACCGCUUCCAGAUCCCCUCGGUGUUCACCGCCUGCGUGAAUUACCUGCAGAAGAAGCUCUCGCUGGCUAACUGCCUGGCCAUCUUCAGGCUGGGCCUGGUGUUGAACUGUCCUCGACUGGCCGUGGCAGCCCGAGACUACAUCGCCGACCGCUUUGAGAUCCUGUGUAAAGAGGAGGACUUCCUCCAGCUGGCUCCCCAUGAGCUGUUCGCCGUCAUCGGCGGGGACUCCCUGAACGUGGAGAAGGAGGAGGUCGUGUUCGAGUCGCUGAUGAAGUGGGUCAGGAAAGACCAGGAGAAGCGCGCAAAGGCCCUGGGCGACGCCUUCGAGUGCGUGCGCUUCCGUCUGCUCCCCGAGACGUACUUCAGCGAGAAGGUGGAGAAGGACGACCUCAUCAAGUCAGACCCGGAGCUCAUGAAGAAGGUCCAGGUCAUCAAGGACGCCUUCGCCGGGAAGCUCCCAGAGAAGAAGAAGAAGGAGGAGAAGAAGAAGGGCGAGUCGGGGGAGGAGGCGAACGGGCAGGAGGAGGAGGAGGACCUCCUCCCGGGCUACCUGAACGACACUCGGAGGCACGGCAUGUAUGCCAAAGACUUGGUCCUGAUGAUAAACGACACGGCAGCUGUCGCCUACGACGCCGUGGAGAACGAGUGCUUCCUCGCCGCCCUGGCCGAGCAGAUUCCGCGCAACCACGUCAGCGUGAUCACCAAAAAUAAUGCGCUGUUCAUCGUUGGGGGUCUGUUCGUGGACGAGGAGAAUAAAGAGGUUCCCCUGCAGUGCUACUUCUACCAGCUGGACACCUUGACCGCAGACUGGAUCGCCCUCCCUCCCAUGCCUUCUCCCAGAUGUCUGUUCGGCUUGGGAGAGUGCGGAAACUUCAUCAUCGCCGUGGCAGGGAAGGACCUGCAGUCCAGCGUCUCCCUCGAUUCGGUCAUGUGCUACGACAUUGAGAAAAUGAAAUGGAGCGAGACUAAAAAACUGCCUCUUCAGAUCCACGGCCAUUGUGUAGUCGACCAUAAUGGGCUCGUGUACAGCAUCGGAGGAAAGACAGAUGACAACAAAACCCUCAACAAGUUGUUUGUCUACAACCACAAGAGGUUAGAGUGGAGGGAGCUGCCAGCCAUGAAAACGCCCAGAGCAAUGUUUGGGGCUGUCGUUCACAAAGGAAAGAUCAUCGUGUCUGGAGGCAUGAACGAGGAUGGUCUCACAGCUACUUCUGAAGUUUACGACAUCGCAAGCAACAAGUGGGAGUCGUUCACAGAAUUCCCGCAGGAGCGCAGCUCCGUGAACCUAGUGAGCAGCGCCGGAAUUCUGUACGCCAUCGGAGGAUUCGCCAUGGUGGAGACGGAGAACAAGGAGUGCGCCCCGUCAGAGAUCACCGACAUCUGGCAGUACGAGGAGGAGAACCAGCAGUGGGCGGGGAUGCUGAGGGAGAUGAGAUUUGCCUCAGGGUCUUCCUGCCUCAACAUGCACCUCAACACACUGAAGAUGCCCAAGCUCUGAGCACACAACCACUUACCACCCUGCCGCCCAAAACACUGAACACCACCUCCUUCUGCACAUGUCCACAAGUAGCCAAGCAGCAGCAGACAGGGGCCCUGUAUUCAGCUGGUCUUUGGAACAAAAUAAACUAACCAAAAAAUAAAUAAACAUUCAACUGCCUCAAGAAAUUUUUUUAUCAAUAGUAAUUCUACCUGGGCUGUAGAUCGUGUUUCAAAUAUUACUUUUUUUUUUGUAAACCUAUAGACCCAACCACUUUCCAAGGGCCUCAGAUGUUCAACUUAUCCAAGUUGCACAGCACACUGUAAUGUGAAACCUAUUCAAAGAUGUUAAUAUAUUGUAUUCACUGACUUUAUAUCCCUGUAUUGUAACAGCACUGAUAAAUGAUGAGUGGCAGCACACAAAGACUAAUUGAAGAAUGUGAAAUCCAGUGCUUUGAGAUCUAACUUUUACAACAUUCAGUAGACUAAUGAAAAUCUUGGGUCACCUACCACUGGGGAAAACGGAACAAAGGGGUUUCCAUUUUGUCCAUGUCACAACAGUGAGGUACAUCUACAAGAGCCAUAGCCUACUCUUAUACUUGAACAUCUUAAAUUAAUUUCAGACAUGCAAACCUGGUACCAAUUAAAUGUUCCAUAAUGCAACGGUUCAUGUUCAUGUUCAACACAUUCAGAGUAUCUUAAUAGGGACAGGUCACCACCACUGUGAAAAAGCCAAUAGAAUCUCCUGUGGAAACUGGUGAUCGGGAUUAGUGAAAUCAUUUUCGACAAUAAAAUAAUUGUAUCAAAGCUGA